ACAGCGUUACGUUAUCCCAAUCAGAAUCACGGGAUAGCGAAAGGAGCGACGGAAUCGUCCUUUAAAUAGGUUUUAAUGCAACCACCUGCAACUGUUAAUCCAAGGAUAAUCGAACAAUAGCCCUCGCGCCCAUCGCUCCCCUUUGUUGGACUCCCUUCCUUACCUUGCUGUUUGUUUAAGUGCGACUUCAAUUUUUCGCGAGUGUUUGCUUCGGUUAUAUAAGUGAGAUUUCAGUGAGCAAAUAAAAAAGCCAGUCUAAACGAAUAUAAAUCGUCUUUCAGAAGGCCACAUACAAAAAAAAAGCAGCCAGCGGCACUGCGAUGGCGUCUACUACUAAUGCACCGUUAUCACCUGCAAUUAAGCACUAACAAAAGCACCACCAAGCCAUAGAAAAGAAAAGAAAAAAACAAUAAGCUAAAAGUUAACUGAACGCGCAGCAAGGGGAUAAUAAUAAUGCGCGAUUUAUACAUCCAACCAAAAAAGUAUGCUACGAAAAAUGUCCAAUGAGUUGCUAGUUACACCAACGCAACACUAGGUGGCGCCGAGGAAAGUGAAAUCAAAGGACAAUUCGAGAAGCGGAAGCACGGACUUAGAGCACUUUUAGGCACCCACACACAUACCCGCACCCAACAGCACCCACUCGUACAUCUAAAAAUACCCUGUAAUAAAUUGAAAUAAUAAUAAAACACAAUCAUGGCCAACACAGCUCAGCUAUUGCGACGCCAAAGCUCCCGGGAUAUAAUCCUCAAAAGCCAGAAGAGCAUCGAUCAGCUGGAAUUGCGGGAACUCCGAGGUCGCCUGGUGUCAAAGGAGCAUGGCGUCAGCCACCAUCACCACACAUCAUUACACCACCAGCCGCUCUAUGGGGCCACCAAUCAGGGCUUCAUGUCCGACGCCUUCGACGAGUCCUCGGAACUGGAACAGGAUCCGCCGCCCUUCGGAUCCGAGGCUAGCACUUCGAAGGCCAAGGCCGAACUGGUGGCCAUUGCGACUGCCUCUGCGGAUCAGCAGGAUAUCGUCGAGGGCGAGAAGGAGGGCGAGGAGCGAGAGAGUUGGGACAGCAAGAUUAUGUUCUUGCUGGCCACCAUCGGCUAUGCCGUUGGCCUGGGAAAUGUGUGGCGUUUUCCCUAUUUGGCGCAGAAGAAUGGCGGCGGUGCCUUCCUGGUGCCCUACUUCAUAAUGCUGUGCAUCCAGGGCAUACCGAUCUUCUAUCUGGAACUGGCAAUUGGCCAGCGACUGCGAAAAGGAGCCAUCGGCGUUUGGAGCCAAGUAUCGCCGUAUCUAGGCGGCAUUGGUAUCUCAUCGGCGGUGGUCAGCUAUAUAGUGGCGUUGUACUAUAACACUAUCAUUGCCUGGUGCCUGAUCUAUCUGCUACACAGUUUCGAAUCGCCAUUACCCUGGGCGGACUGUCCGACGAGGUUGUAUAAGAAUUUUACCUACGACCACGAACCGGAGUGUGUGGCCUCAUCUCCGACGCAGUUCUAUUGGUAUCGCACCACAUUGCAGUGCUCGGAGAGUGUGGAUAUGCCGGAGAACUUCAAUUACCACAUGGCCAUUGCGCUAAUUGUCUCCUGGUUUUUGGUCUACAUCUGCAUGGUCCAGGGCAUCACGUCAUCCGGCAAGAUCGUCUAUAUGACGGCCAUAUUCCCCUAUGUGGUGCUUAUAAUAUUUUUUUUUCGGGGCAUCACCUUGAAGGGUGCUGCAGAUGGGGUGGCACACUUGUUUACCCCACGAUGGGAAACUCUAUUGGAUCCAGUCGUUUGGCUGGAGGCCGGCACACAGAUCUUCUUCUCGCUGGGAUUGGCCUUUGGCGGUCUGAUAGCCUUCAGUUCGUACAAUCCGGCGAAUAAUAAUUGCUACAGGGACGCCAUACUCGUAUCGCUCACCAAUUGUGGCACAUCCAUGUUUGCCGGAGUGGUGGUAUUCUCUGUCAUUGGGUUUAAGGCCACGGCGACCUUUGAUCGCUGCACUGAGGAGCGUAAUGGGCUUGUGGCCCAGAACAAGACGCACAACCUGCCUGUCUGCGAUCUUCAAACGGAAUUGGCCAAUAGUGCUUCCGGAACAGGUCUGGCCUUCAUCAUCUUCACGGAGGCGAUCAAUCAGUUUCCGGGUGCACAACUCUGGGCUGUCCUAUUUUUUCUGAUGCUCUUUACCCUGGGAAUCGACUCGCAAUUCGGUACGCUGGAGGGCGUGGUCACAUCCCUGGUGGACAUGAAACUUUUUCCCAACCUGCCCAAGGAAUAUAUAGUGGGGGCACUCUGCUUUUCCUGCUGCACAAUCUCCAUGUGCUUUGCCAAUGGAGCCGGGAGCUAUAUAUUUCAAUUGAUGGACAGCUUUGCAGGCAAUUUCCCGCUGCUGAUCAUUGCGCUCUUCGAAUGCCUUUCGAUUAGCUACAUCUAUGGGGUACGCCGUUUCUCGGACGAUAUUGAGAUGAUGACCGGUUCGCGUCCGAAUUUCUACUGGAUGUUCUGCUGGAAGUACCUAUCGCCCUGUGCAAUGGUCACCAUUCUGCUGGCCUCCUUCUAUCAACUUUUGACCGAGGGCAGUAGCUAUCCUGCCUGGAUUGGAUCGAAGGGAGCCACUGAGGGCAUGGAGUGGCCGCACUGGUGCAUUGUCGUUGCCUUCUUCCUUAUACUCUCAUCCAUUCUGUGGAUACCAAUUGUGGCGGUGCUGCGUCUGUGCGGAAUCAAGGUGGUGGAAGACUCGGAUCCCGCCUGGUUUCCCGAAGCGGAGCUAAGGGAAGUCCACGGCAUCGUGCCACACGAACCAACCGAACUGGAGCGCAGCAUUUUCUGCUUCAACAUGGACGGUACGGAGGGCAUGUGUUGCCCAAAGUACGGACUACCCGAAAAGUCGCUGGAAGAGGAGGAGUAGACACGCACAGGAUACCAAUGAUAAGUUGACAACAACGACAAUAAAACCAAAUGAAUUCUUGACCGAACCCAAACCGAAUAUGAUACGAAUGAUGAAAUAUAUAUAAUUGAAUCUCGAUGUAAAUAUGGACAAUAAGUAAGCACUCACCGAUGUUAGAUGCGGCGUCGAUAUCAAAACACUCCUAUAUGGUCGUCCCAAAGACUGUUUGAAGAUAAAACAAAAAAAAAAAAAAACAAAACCGAAAAACUAUAAUGCAAAGCAACCACAACAAGGAAAAUGAAAAUAGGAAAAUAGCAAUACUAGGUAAAACUCGACGCUGGAUGCGCGGUUUCAUUCAAGCAGAAAGCUAUAGAAAUGCAUUAAAAAAAAUGGGCGAAAUCAAUGGAAAUAUUUCCGCAUAACUUCAUUAGCAUGUGGCCAUAUACAUAUAUACGCGAUUAUUGUUUUCCAUUGCCUUUCUUCUUUGGUUUGGUUUUGGUUUUUUUUUUUUUUUUUGUCGAAAAAGGGCAGAGAGAGUUUAGAGUUUGUUAUAUGGCCACCCUUAUAGGGUCUACAUAUCCGAUUUCGCUAUCAAAGAGAAAACGUACAAUUUGCCACAAACACAAUUUGCUGACUAUAUACGAUAUAUAUAUGUAUGAUAACUAUAUUCGACUAACUAUGCUAUAUUCUAGACUUAAUUCUUUAAUUUGACCAUAUCAUGCAAGGGACAUCGGGGAGGGCACCACCUAUAUAGAAGAUAUAUAACUAUAACUAUACAGUGACUAUAUCAAGCACAGUUCAUUCUCUGUUGUGAUCUCAGCUCGACGGCUUUCUGUGUGAAUCACGAAAUCAUAUCACAUUCGAAACUAUGCUUAAAACCUAAAAAAACUACUUUAAAGUCUCAGUGUUUUAGAUAUUUGAUGGCGGAGAUAUGUAUGUAUAUUGGAAAUGAGUUAUGUUUUGCUCUAAUCGAAAGUUAUACGAAUAAAAUUACUUGUUGGUAAUCGUUAUCAUCGCCACACUCCAUUGUACUUAUGGCCUAUAGGUAUAUCUGUAGUUAUAUAUAUAUACAUAUACAUAUACAUUUACAUAUACAUUUACAUUAAAGAAAAACAUUAACAAAUCGCAAACGCAACCGUUCAAAUAGGUGGAAAAUGAACCCUAUAAAGAUAUACAUAUACAUAACUGGAGAUGGCAGCUUAAAGUUAAACGACUCAUUAUUAUAUAUAUAUACAUUUAUUUAUGUGUGUUUGAAAUGCAGCUAAUGGUCGCGUGAAUUCGUUUUGAAACACAAUUCUGGACACUUCUGGGCAUUUUUAAAAUCGAUCAAAAAUUAAAAACCCUUGAAAAAGAAAUUCACUCCUCCAUGUAGCAAUGGAUUGCACUGUAUUAUAAGUUAUCAAUUUCAUUAUGGUAUACUUAUACAUAUAUAUACAUCGAUAUAUAUUAUACACAUCUAUUUAGAUCGAAAGGAAAACAUAUAUUAUACAUGUAUUUAAUGUUAUUGAUGUUGACAAUAAAGGAACCCUUACGAAACGAGUUUUAAACCAAAACGAAAGAGACGCGAUAUAUGGGCGACCUUCUAUUACCCGCAAAGAAUACGCAGAUGGAACACACGCAGUUUGCAAAAACUUGAAAAUGAAUAGUAAUAUAUUUACGAUAAACAAUUAAAAUCAUAUUGCU